AUCAGACUGAUCAUUCGUGUACACGUAUAGAUAUAGUCGUGUAACUUGUACGUUUCCAGUUAUCUUGUUCAAAUAGUGACGUAAGGUCUAGAGGACAAGUGACAGAGGCGGACUGCCGGACGGGUGACUAAACAUGGACAUCUUGGGAUUAGUCUACGUUCCCAGCUGGCUCCUCACCUUCUUCCUGUUCCUGAUCUCCCUGUACCUGUAUUCAAAGUAUAAACUGAGUUUUUGGAAAAGACUUGGUGUGCCUCACCCAAAACCCACAUUAUUCUUUGGUCAUGGCCCAUUGAUGAAAGAUGGAGUUGGUGAACUUGAUUUAAGGAUGCUGUCAACGUAUGACAAAGUAGUGGGAUUGUACGUUUUUCACAAAGCAUCCUUGCUUGUUCUGGAUCCAGAAAUAGUACGGGACGUUUUAAUCAAAAACUUUUCUAGCAUGCCAAAUAGAACGCAAUAUUUCAAACAAAAAAGCGACUUGCAGCACUCUUUAUCCAGGCUUCAUGGAGAUCAUUGGAGGUUCAUGAGAAACACGCUUUCUCCAGUGUUUGCAACGGGAAAUAUGCGGAAGAUUUCCCCAGUGCUUGCAGAAUCUUGUAGACGGUUGUUAAGAAAUAUUGAAGACAAGAAAAACUGCGGUAAUGCAAUUGAAUUUAAACAAAUGUUUGGGAACUUCUCGAUGGACGCUAUUGCAGCACUUGGAUUCGGAAUCGACUUGGAUUUGUAUAAAAACGAAAACAACGAGUUUGCAAUAAGGGCCCAAGCAAUUUUUAACGCCUUCAAAGGGCUCGGGGUGUUUCUUAAUCUUCUUGUGCCGCCUCUUUACAACCUUCUCGUGAAGCUAGGACUUGAUUUGGAUGGACAAAGCAAACAUUGCUUGUAUUUUAAACGUUUAGUAGAACAAGCCAAAACGCUGCGGCAAAAAGAUGAUCAGAACAGAAAUGACAUCCUCCAGCUUAUGCUUAAUGUCCACAACGAUACUGAAGUUAGCGACACCGAACAAUUCAACAGUUAUAAAGACAAUAGGGAGGAAUGGAGAAAGCGAGGCUUAACAACUAAUGAGGUCAAUGGAAAUUCCAUUAUGUUUAUGGUCGCUGGAUACGAAACUACUGCCUCAGCAUUGACGUUUACAGCGUAUUGCUUAGCAACGAAUCCAGAAUCUCAAGACAGACUACUACAGGAAAUCGACUCUACCAUUGGAAAAGGAGUACCUGACUACGAUAGCAUUCAGAAGAUGGAGUAUUUAGAGUGUGUUGUCAAAGAGGCACUGCGCAUAUGUCCCCCAGCUCAAAGAAUAAUGCGAGAAACCUGUGAAGAUUUGGUGAUAGCCGGUUACACCAUACCCAAGAACACUGAAAUAACGAUCUCAACUUACGCCUUGCACAGAAGUCCCAAAUUCUGGACGGAACCCGAGAAAUACAAACCAGAGAGGUUUCUAGCAGUGAACAAAUCCAAUCUGACGCCUUAUACAUUCCUGCCCUUCGGAUUAGGACCUAGAAGCUGUUUGGCUAUGCGACUGGCUUACUUUGAAGCUAAGUGUGCCUUAGUGACGAUUCUGCAAAAGUACAAGUUCAUGCCAUGUGAAAAAACGGAGAUUCCUUUGCAACUCGAUCCAAAACUAGUAUUGAAGCCGAAGAAUGGAGUCUACUUAACUAUAAAAGAACGCUAAUACUCCCCAUAACGUAUCCAAGAAAUGUUUUUCAAAAUUUAUGAGAGGAUAUACCACGAACCUCUCCAUACCGGCAAAUUGAGUAGAGAAUGUUAAAAAAAUUUCUUAUGCUACAUUUUAAUUAUAAUAAUAAUUAAAUUGACAUACAGUUAUUCGUGCUCAGUUAUUAACAAUGAUACAUGUAGCUUAAUUCAUCAGUUGAAAGAUAUUUAAGUAAUUCCACCCUCCUGUGAUGUCAUCAGAUAUUGCAAACUCGAUGAUUUAUUCAGAUUUAUUCACGAUAGGAUCAUAAAUUUUGUUGGAGUCUUUCCCGAUAGGUAUCGUAAAAAAUCUUUUUAAACAUAACACAUUUCAAAAGUCUUAAGUUAUAUAUGAAUAAUCAAUAUUUUUUUAAAAUAUUGAAUCCAAGGACAAUGACUGUGUUUGUUGAUUUCUUUAUCAAGUCCACUUUGUUAUACCGUAGAUUUCCUUUAUUUUUCAUAGACAUUUUGUAUAUUGUUGUAAAGGAACAGUUUCAUGAAAUUGUUAUGAAUACUAUCAUAUCGUUUUAACCAGUUUUUGUGAAAUUGUACAAGAAAAAUUGUCUUUUUCUGAUGUUGAUAUGCAAGUCUCCUAUAAUAAAUAGUGUGAUGACCUCUA